AUGCACAGUUAUAUUUUUAAAAUUCUUUUAUUUACCUUGUUCUACAAAAUUAUGAAUUUUACACCAAAUUAUCAUGAAGGAAUAAAUUUCGUCAGAGGGAAGGUGGAAAAAGAUGAUCAUUUUAAUAUAGAAUUAUCAUAUAAUGGUGAUAAUAAAAAAAAUAAACCUUCGUCCAGUGAAUUGUACGAAAAGUAUAUGAAAGAAAUCGAUGACCAUAAACACAAAUCUGUGAAAGACGUUAUGAACAACAUUAUGAGCACAUUUGACUCGAUUGACCAAAAAAUGUUCUUAAAUAAAUUAUCAGAAGAAGUUAACGAGUAUUUAAAACUUUAUAAAAGUUUUUCAAUAUGA